CUUAAAAUCUAGGAAUAUUCUGAAGACAGUAAUUCUGAACCAAAUGUGGAUCUGGAAAAUCAAUACUACAAUUCCAAAGCUUUGAAAGAAGAUGAUCCUAAGGCAGCACUAAGCAGUUUUCAAAAGGUUUUAGAACUUGAAGGUGAAAAAGGUGAAUGGGGGUUCAAAGCUCUGAAGCAGAUGAUUAAGAUAAACUUUAAAUUGACUAACUUUCCUGAAAUGAUGAACAGAUAUAAGCAGCUAUUGACCUACAUACGGAGUGCAGUUACAAGGAAUUAUUCUGAAAAAUCCAUCAAUUCUAUUCUUGAUUAUAUCUCUACUUCUAAGCAGAAUUCUGAUUUUUUAUGUCAGAUGGAUUUGCUUCAGGAAUUCUAUGAAACAACACUUGAAGCUCUGAAAGAUGCUAAGAAUGAUAGAUUGUGGUUUAAGACAAACACAAAGCUUGGCAAAUUAUAUUUAGAAAGAGAAGAAUAUGGAAAGUUGCAAAAGAUUUUGCGCCAGUUGCAUCAGUCAUGUCAGACUGAUGAUGGAGAAGAUGAUCUAAAAAAAGGUACCCAACUGUUGGAAAUCUAUGCUUUAGAAAUUCAAAUGUAUACAGCACAGAAGAAUAACAAAAAACUUAAAGCACUAUAUGAACAGUCAUUACACAUCAAGUCAGCCAUUCCUCAUCCACUGAUCAUGGGAGUUAUCAGAGAAUGCGGAGGCAAAAUGCACUUAAGAGAAGGAGAGUUUGAAAAGGCACAUACUGAUUUUUUUGAAGCGUUCAAGAAUUAUGAUGAAUCAGGGAGCCCYAGAAGAACGACUUGCUUAAAAUACUUGGUCUUAGCAAACAUGCUGAUGAAGUCUGGAAUAAAUCCUUUUGACUCUCAGGAGGCUAAACCAUACAAAAAUGAUCCAGAGAUUCUAGCAAUGACGAAUUUAGUAAGUGCCUAUCAGAAUAAUGACAUCACUGAAUUUGAGAAGAUUCUGAAAACAAAUCACAGCAACAUCAUGGAUGAUCCCUUCAUAAGGGAACAUAUUGAAGAGCUUUUGCGAAACAUCAGAACACAAGUGCUUAUAAAAUUAAUUAAGCCUUACACAAGAAUACAUAUUCCCUUUAUUUCUAAGGAGUUAAACAUAGAUGUAGCUGAUGUGGAAAGCUUGCUUGUGCAGUGCAUAUUGGAUAACACUAUACAUGGCCGAAUUGAUCAAGUCAACCAGCUCCUUGAACUGGAUCAUCAGAAGAGAGGCGGUGCACGGUAUACUGCAUUAGAUAAAUGGACCAACCAACUAAAUUCUCUCAACCAGGCUGUAGUCAGCAAGCUGGCCUAACCGAAAACAAGCUUUUACAAAACGUACUUAAGGCAACAGUGCAGUGAUGUAAACCUUAAAAGAACUGGGAAUGGCAAAACUACUGUCGGUUGGUGUGCCCUGAAAUUAUUGGAGUUAUGGCAGAAGUGCUUUUUUGAUCAGCUGGUUUGUGUUUUGCUGCUGCAUUUAUCCCAAGAAAAAACAGCUUUAAUCUCCAGAAGAAAACCAAAAUGCCACGGGAUUUAUGCUGUAUUGACAUCUUGCCCUAAACAUACAACAUCAUAAUAAUUUGUUCAAGGGCAAGUAAUGACCAGAGAGAAGAUUUUUGUCAUGAUUUUAAAUACACUGACACGUUACUGUUGGUUAAAUUUAAACAUGUUUUACCUGCAGAAAUUCUCUCACAGAAAUAACCUGCAAUAACUUGAAAUGCAUACCCUUUUGAACACUUCCUUUUCUCAUGUAUAAAUUGAAAUGUUUGCUGCAUUUUGCAAAAUGUCARUUCUCCAAAAAUGUGUCCGUAUAUUUCUGUACCUGCAGUGUAGUAAAGGUUUAGAAGAAACCCCAUAAUUAUAGUGGCAUACUGUCACUUUAGGUUUCAAGCAGCAAAAUAAACAGUGCAGUUCAGAAAUUGUACAGUUUGUUUCUUGAUGUGCUUUCAUUAUACUUKAUUUUUACUUUCAGUAUUUUAAGAAAAUAUGUACUAUGUCAUCCUCACUUAGGGAGAUUUUAAAUCUAAACCUUGGUAUGCUUUUCAUUUUCUUAAAGUGGUAACCACAAAUACUUAGAUUAAAACAUUGCACCUAGCCAUCCUGCUAACUGAUUUGAUCGUGCAAGAAACCAAGCUCAUACCAGUUCCAUCUGGUUGAUAUUCGUAGGUGGAACUUAUCAGGCAAAUAUUCUUGGGUUUGACUUCAGUAAUUUAAGAAYACAGGGUUGUCAGGAAAUACUUUGGGAGUAGAAAUAUGGACCCUAAUUGUUGUCUUUCUUUGACUGAUUAGGCCAGAUUGUGGUCUUUUUUUGGACUCUUGAAUUGUGUAUGAAUAGAAACAGGUUUUGAAAGCAACAGAAUUUCUGCACUAUGUAUGUGGAGUGGGGACUAAGUGCAGUGACGUCAGGAACGGUGCAGUCCAUUCCCUCCCAAACCUUUGACUGUGUUUGAGUUCCUUCAGAGCCACUGCUCAAGUUGCAUAGUAGACACUACCUUUGGUGUCCCAAGAUUUUGGGAUCAUCAUUUAAAGUGGAGCUGUGUGAUUUUGGCCACAGCAACUGUAUUUCCUGUGGCAGCUUGUUUGGACAAUUUCUCUGACAGAGAAAUUCUCUUGUGGUUCUCAGAGAAGUAAAAGAAAUUUUGCGUGGUCACUUCUUCCAUAAGUACUCCAAUUUAAAGGUAAUGGUAUGAUGUAAAUAGUGCAAAAGGCUGUGCCAUGCACAGUUGUUGCAGUAGAAAUAAAAAUAGGUGUGUAGCGCAAUUAAUGCCACAAAAAAAGAAAAAGUAAACAUAAAGAAGCCUCCUGUAGCACACGUGUCUCUCACCUAUGUAUAAAAUAGAAUGGUAAACCAAAUGUUCGUUCUAGGACAGAAUUUAAAUAGUUAACAGCAUACAUUUAAGUGGGAUGGCAUUGACUUUCAUUUGAAAGUUACGUGUUGCAGAAAAUUUUGCUCUGUAGUUGUCAAAACGUAAGUGAAAUUGUUUUUCUUGUAUCAAUUAAGGAUUAAGUUCAUGUGUUGCGUAAAUAACCUGAUGCUGAAUCUCUGUGAGCAUUUUUACUUUACUGAUGCAGUAAAGUGUAAAAACACCAGCAGGUGUUU